AUGGAAAAUAAUAAUAAAAAUUAUUCCCAUUAUUUACAUAGUGGAUAUGCCCAUCCAAUUACUAGAUCAUGGCAAGGUGAUAAGGUCAUUUUGAAAUCUCAAUUAAUUUAUCCAAUUUUUGUUACAGAUUUAAUUAAUACAAAAACUGAAAUUAAAUCCUUACCAGGACAAUAUCAAAUUUCAAGUGAUUUAGUAGUUGAAUUUUUGAGACCAUUGGUUGAGAAAGGAUUAAAAUCAAUAAUUUUAUUUGGUGUAAUUAUAAGUGGUGUAAAAGAUGAACAAGCUUCAUCUGCCGAUAAAAGAGAAUCAUCACCAGUUAUUAAAUCAAUUGAAUUAAUUAAAAAUGAAUUUCCAGAAAUUUUAAUUUGUACAGAUUUAUGUUUAUGUGCAUAUACAGAUCAUGGACAUUGUGGUGUAUUAACAGAGGAAGGAUUUAUUGAAAAUGAAAAGAGUAUUAUUAGAUUAGGAGAGAUAGCAUUAUCAUUUGCAAAAGCAGGUGCUCAUGUAAUUGCACCAAGUGAUAUGAUGGAUUGCAGAGUCGGACAAAUUAAAAAGGUAUUAUUCCAAAAUGGAUAUGGUGGUCGUGUUGCAGUGAUGGCCUAUAGCUCCAAAUUUGCAUCAUCCUACUAUGGUCCAUUUAGAGAUGCAGCUGGAAGUGGAGCAAAACAUGGCGAUAGACAAGCUUACCAAUUACCAAUUGCAUCAAGAGGUUUAGGUUUAAGAGCUGCCCUUAGAGACGAAGCAGAAGGUGCCGAUUUCAUUAUGGUUAAACCAGCUGGUCCUUACAUGGAUAUCAUUCGUGAAGUCAAAGAUCACGUUAAAGUACCAGUAUGCUGUUAUCAGGUCAGUGGUGAAUAUGCUAUGAUUUAUCAUGCAUCUGUCGCUGGUGGUAUCGAUUUAAAAUCUGGUGUUAUGGAAUCUUUAAUUUCCCUCCAACGUUCUGGUUGUGAUAUUUUCAUUACUUAUUUCACUCCACAAUUAUUAGAUUGGUUAAAAUUAUAA